GAGACUUUAUAAGCCGGAAAGUCUCGAACUGUGGUCUAGAGCCUAAAAGAAAGCAACAAUGCCUCCUCCAACGAAGCGCCGGCGGACAGAGCCUACAGUAGUGGAGGAAAUCACCUUCGACCCUGCUGCGCGCCAUGAGUUCCUGACUGGAUUCCACAAGCGAAAACUACAAAGAGCGAAGCACGCACAAGAGGCUGCGGAGAAGAGGGCUAGAGCAGAAAGGAUCGUGGAGCGGAAGAAGUUACGAGAGCAGCGAAAGGCAGACCUAGAACGACAUGUCGAACAGGUGAAUGCCAUGUUGAGGACGACCGCUGCUUUGGACGGGUCCGAACAUGGAGUAGACGGUACGGGAUCCGCAGAUGAAUGGUCUGGCAUCUCAGACUCUGAGCCUGCACCUGUCGAUCAUGAAGCGGAGUACAUCGACGAAGACAAAUACACCACCGUAACGGUAGAGGCCAUGGAUGUAAGUCGAGAAGGGUUGUUCAAGGCAGAACAGGCAAGAGACAGCGAGAAUCCACAAGAAGAGGAGGGCGGUGCAGAAGCCGAGCCGGAGAAUCUUUCAGAAAAGAAGAAACGCAAAUGGACGCAAGAGAAACCGAAAGGCAGCGUCGACAAACCCAAGAGGAAGAAGAAGAGGAAUUUCCGGUAUGAGAGUAAGGUGGAAAGGAAAACGGCACGGUCAAAGGAGAAGGCCAAAAAUCGAAAGCAGGCGCGAGAACGAAGAAGUGGAUGAUACAAGCUGUUCCUUUCAACAAACUGUCAACGCUCGCCCUUUAUCGAAUGCCGUGGUAUCGUAGGUAUGUCGUGGUCUAGGCAUCGUGCUUCCGUCCACUUGCCAGACGUUGGUCAUCAUCCUUUCACAACAACAACAACAACAACUCUGUUCGUUGGUCCAAAUUAGAUAUUGCCCAUGCUCUGCUC